CACUGACACUGGCAAAUAACCAGACCAGACCGACCACUAUCAAAUCAAACUAACAACGAAAUACACGUAGCAAACGUUUUAUUUACAACGUACGGACGUAGUAUCUAAAAUAUUUAGACACUAAACAAAAAUUUUUGUUGUUUUUUUCCAUCAUUUGUAUUGUUUUCUUUGUUUGAACAGCAGAAACAAAUUUUUUGAUUUUUUUCGUUUUAUUUUAAUAACAAUUUGAAAAAACUUUGAACAUUUAGUGCGCAAUUAAAUGAAAGAAAAACUAAAUAAUAAAAAUAUCGAUGCAAAAGAUUUUAAUUGAAAAUAAUUUGAAAAUCUCAUAACAAAACAAUAAAAAGUGCAAUUGAAAUUGAAAAAAAAUUAUAUGGGAAUUACAUCACUGCAGCGGAGUGCAAAACGAAAGUAAGGAAAAUAAGAAAAAUCUGCAGUUGUAGAAGGAAGAAGGUAGGAGGAAAGAAGUGUUAGUUUAACAGCCAGCUGAACUGAAAUAAACAUCUUCACGAGUGCAUGGGAGAACGAACGAAAGAAUCACUGCAGUGUCAAGUGAAUGUGGGUUGAAGACACCCCCAGAACGGAAAUUUUAAAUUUGUCAUCACUAGCUACUGCUGUGCUGUGCUUGCACUGUGCUGUUCUGCAUCAUCUCCAGCAACAGCAGCUGUAGGAGUCUUUGGAGUAGUUUCUUUAGAAGCUUUAAACAAGGGACCCCUUAUAGAGUUUAUAUUAGCUAUUGCCUCAUUGCUACUGCCUCUAGCACCCUUCUCUUUUGUGCUCUUCUAACGCAUUUCUAACAACGCAUGCCACUGGCUUUUAGGCAACAACAACAACAACUACCACAUCAAACGCAGUAACAACAAAACAAAGAAAAAGCAAAACAUAAACGUAAACAAACGCAAAACUUGUGCAAAACUUUUACAAAACAAAAGCCUAGAAGAAAAACACGAAGCUUGGUAGCAAAACAAAGCAAAGCAGAGAAUGUAAUUGAAACCAAUUAUCGAUUUUCCAGAGCAUGUUUUACGCGAGUUAAUCAAGCGUUUAACAAAGACAUUGUUUCAAUGUAAAUGUUAUUCGGCAACAGAAGACGACAUACAACUUGAAUACAACAAACAAAUAACAAUAAUAACAAGGAAAUUAUCAUUGCGUUAAUAAAAAUCAAUUAAACGGAAAACCAUAAAAAACACUCGCCCACUAAGCCUUCAAAUCAAAACACAACUCCAAAUCUAAAACACAAAGAACUCACAAAGUAAGCAGCCAGCCAGCAACAUACAUUGACAAGUGACAAGGAUUUACAGCAAAAUGCCGUCUUUAUUAGAAGCUAUAGAACGUAAAUAUUUCUCUGAUUGCGAUUUCGAUGCGGAAGCCAAUAAAGAUAUAACCUUAAGUGGCAAAGACAAAGACUCAACAUCGACAUCCACAUCACCAUCUUCAACAUCGUCGUCCACUUCGGGUGAACGUUUAAUUUCCAUUUUUAUACCAAGGCUGCCGCCUCUGUUGUGUGUGCCCGAGCUAUUGGUGCUUAAUGACUGUGACAUAGAUUGUGCUGGUGACUUUGAUAGCAUUAAGGACAAAUGCAAACGUGUACGUGAACUGGAUUUGGCCCAAAAUAAGUUGCAGGAUUGGCAAGAAGUCUUCCAGAUAGUGGAACAUAUGCCACGCAUAGAGUUUCUCAAUUUGAGUAAGAAUACCUUAUCGAGACCUCUGUCUAAACUCUAUAUACCACCCAUAACCAAUCUAAAGGGUAUAGUCUUGAAUGGUACUUAUCUCAAUUGGGACAGUAUUGAUGUUUUGCUAGAGAAUCUGCCCGUUUUGGAGGAAUUACAUUUAAGUUUAAACGACUAUGAAGAGGUUUUAUUGGAUACUAAUGAUUUGCCUUCAGCACAAACUAAUGCGGCCUGUUGUUGCCAGCUUAAUGAGGAAGAAAAAGGCUGUGAUACUCUAAACUCUUGCUGCUGCUCGCCCACCAUGAAAAAAUACAAAAAGAUUUCACCACACAAAGCCUUGAAAACGCUACAUUUCACUGGUAAUCCUGUGGAAAAGUGGCCGGAAAUAUGUCGUUUGGGUAGAAUAUUUCCACAUAUGGAAAAUCUGGUGCUAGCCGACUGCCCCAUAAGAGCUAUAGAAUUUAAGGACAACAACAUGCCUAAUGCAAACAAAACACAAAAUGAUAAUAUAGAAACUGUAGAAGAUUCAUCUCCCUUAAGUGAGGACUCACCUCAGCGUCACUUUCCCAAUUUACUUUUUCUUAAUCUCAGCUAUGCCUCCAUCAACACUUGGGAUGAUAUAGAUCGUUUGGCCACAUUUCCCAAACUGAAAAAUUUACGUGUAAAAAAUUGGCCUCUUUGGGAACGUUUAGAGUGUACCGAACAUGAGAGACGUCAAUUGCUUAUAGCACGCUUGCCUAACGUUGCCAUACUCAAUGGUGGCGGCAUUAUCACUGCCGAUGAACGUGAAGAUGCUGAAAGAGCUUUUAUACGCCACUACAUGGACAAACCUGAACAUGAGAGGCCUUUGCGUUACAACGAACUGGUAGCUAAACAUGGACAACUUGAUCCAUUGGUUAAUGUUAAUCUAAAACCCGAUAAACGCGUUAAAAUCCUACUAACCUAUAAAGAUAAAACCGAAUCUCGCCUGGUCGAUAUUUAUCGUACAGUAGCCGAUCUAAAGGUGAAAUUGGAGAAAAUCAUAGGUCUGCCUGCCAAUAAGAUGCGUUUAUACUAUUUGGAUCAGGACUACAAGGAGUUUGGUCCCGAAGAAAUGCGCUUCCCCAAUAAGUUAUUAUACAGUUAUAACAUACAAGCCGGUGAUGAAAUCAUUGUCGAUGUCAAGAAGUGAAAGGAAGUUCUUAUGAAGUAAAAACAUUAUUUUUUUUAACUUAAUAUUACACAAAAUAUAUUAAUGCUAUAAUUACACUUAAUUAAAUAUUCUUAUAAAAAUACUUGUGUAUUCUUCUAUAUAUAUAUUUUCUAUAAUCUACU